AUGGGGAAUCUUGGUGACCUAUCGCCCCAGGGGAGUGUCGCGGUUGGGGUGGUUGUCGGGUUGAUCUCGACCAGUCUCCAGGCCAUCGGGCUAACCCUCCAACGCAAGUCGCAUAUCCUCGAGGACGAGAAACACCCGUACGAUAUACGUCGACCACCUUAUAAACGUCGGAGAUGGCAGUUGGGGAUGCUGAUGUUCGUCAUUGCGAACAUCGUCGGCAGCACCAUCCAGAUAACUACUCUCCCGCUUCCGGUGCUUUCAACCCUUCAAGCAUCCGGGCUUGUUUUCAAUACCAUCUUUGCUACUUUGAUCCUGGGUGAAGCCUUCACCAGAUACUCGCUCAUCGGCACAGUCUUGGUCUGCAUCGGCGCGCUCCUGAUAGCCAUUUUUGGCGCCGUCGGGGAGCCAGCGCAUACUCUCGAUCAGCUUUUGGAGCUACUGCAGCGUCGAAAUUUUAUACUUUGGAUGGCAGGGACGGCCGUACUGGUGCUGGUCAUCUAUCUCGGCUCCCGCCUGCUGAAAUUCCUAGCUUCUCCAUCUCGUUCUAAAUACCCUAACACACGCGGUGCAUAUAGGCCGCACCUGCAAAUUUCCCACGGACGUGUUCGACUGAUCCGCGGUCUAUGCUAUGGCAUGAUCAGUGGAAUCCUAUCGGCGCAUUCUCUUCUGCUCGCCAAAUCAGCCGUGGAGCUCCUUGUUCGGACGGUCGUGGAUCGCGUCAAUCAAUUCGAUCGCUGGCAGUCUUGGGUCAUUCUUCUCGCCAUGAUCGGUCUGGCUCUCUCACAACUAUUUUAUCUACAUCGGGGCCUGAAGCUAUGCAGCACCAGUGUCUUAUACCCAUUUGUCUUCUGCAUCUAUAACAUUAUCGCCAUCAUAGAUGGAUUAAUAUACUUCCGACAAAUGUCCCAGCUGGCGGGCUUCCAUGCUGGGCUGAUAUCGCUUGGAACUAUUGUCUUACUUGGAGGUGUCCUUUGCUUGUCGUGGCGCUUAGAGGUCAUAGACAGCCAUGCGGCUGUGACUGUUGUCGGACCGUCUCAGACUGGCCUGGGUCCUGGAAUGGCUGUUGUUGAGGAGCACGAAACCUCACCCCUUAGCCUGGGAAGAGACGGCCACGAGGACUUGGAGCGUGAGCCCCUCUUACGCAGUGCUCAAAUCCCUCGGCGAAGUAUUCACAAGAGAGCACCCAGUCUGCCUCUACCUCAGUCUUCCUUGAGUCCACAGGACUCCACGGCAGAUCUCGAUCCAGCUUCCAUCUGGGCAGAGUUGGACGACUCUGACUUUGACUAUGCCGCAGCCAUGAUGCGUUCCUCCAGGCGCAGUCGCACAUUUGGAGAUCCACCAUCGGCCCAAUCAAGAAGCAGGAUGAGAAGCAGUUUCCUGCGUGGACCUCGCCGCUCCAGCACCCUUUCAGUCAACCAAAAUACCUGGAACCCGCGCAGAUCCUCCCAAGCCGCACAUCAGGGGCAUCGCAGCAGGCAACGACGAACAUCAGCACCUGCUCCAGAGAACCGUGGACUCCUUUCGAAGCCCCAACCCUACACAACCGGCUACGGCACCCAGGACGACCGCUCAGACAACCUACUAUCAGGGCAUCGUCGCCGCGAAUCCCUCACCGACGCGGAAUUACCAACCGGGUACUCGAAUCUCCUCGCAGGUCCGAGGAGCACCCUCCGCGGAGCCUGGAGAAGCGGUCUUCAAUACCUCACCCAAUGGACCGGAAGCAAUCGAGGAAGACGACAGAGCUCAUCCAGUCCGGGCUCCGACCUCGAAGCCAGUCCCGACGGACGUACAGAAUGA